AGUGUCCCUGCCUUACACAUCAUGUUUUGUUAAAGCUGGGUGCAGAGAUACGUGAGAGAGACGCUUUUUGUACUGUGUAUCUGUACCUUACGGAUAUCCAUGGGUUGCAUCUGUACGGAAACUUAACCUUCUGAGGGUAAGGUAAGACCCUUCAAUUCAAGACUCCGUACCUCGUCGCACGAGGAGUUUUGGACCUCCGACAUUCUCAGAGAUAUCGAUAUUCCUGUCCAUCAAGCCACUUCUUUUCUUGCUGUUGUCGAUUGGGUAAGAACUGGCGCGCCAUGGGCGACAAAACAGCCCUGAAGCCCUUGCUUGUGACGGCCGCCGUCUCCCUCCUCCUAUUCCUCAUCGGCACGUACGUCGCCCUACCGGUAUGGCGCAGAGCCCGCCAACGCUACGCUCAGUAUAUCCCUUUGGAUAGUCUAUCCAGCCAGACCUCGUCCUUCCGCCAGAGGGUCCAGAACGGCCUUUCACAAUUCGCGGCGAAUCCCUUUUGGCGGCGCAACCCCUCAGGCGGUACGGUUGUCGACGGCGAUGCGUUUGACGACGGGGUGGCCUCGGAGGAUGGGGAAGAGUUAGGUCAUGUCGACCCAAACUCCCGCAGACGUCUUGCCGAGGACGCGCAGCGCAAUGGGCCGGAUAACACUGGACGACUGAGCAGAGACCUAGAAGAGGGCUUCAGAGAUGACAGCAGCGAUGAAGGCGGAAACAAUAGAAAUAGCCGGAGACGAUAGACAUGCGCAGAAGACCAUGAAAUAUAUAUAUAUAUAUAUCUAUGUAUAUAUAUUAUUGAAGAGCAUGGAAAGUUCUCAUUAGUACGCAUUUGCGUCGAAGCGUCGCGAGUUCGCCUGAGGACAUCACCUCGAGGU